UUUGUGCAUACAUUGAAGAGCACCAAAACUGAAGCAAAUGGAGAUGCCCUUGACUCUGCUUUGGCAAAAGCCUCAAUGGGAAACAAAACGGUGAUAAUUGCAAUGGUGAAUAAGGCUUAUGCAGAGCAAAGUGUGGAGAGUGAUACCACAAUGUUUGAUAUAUUUCUUAGUAGUUUUUGGAUUGGAGAGGGAACAAAGUCUCUUAUUGAUCAUCUUCUCGUAGUAGCUGUUGAUCGAACAGCCUAUGAUCGGUGCCAAUUUCUGAGGUUGAAUUGCUUCAGAUUGGAAACAGAAGGUGUUGAUUUUGAAGGUGAAAAGCUUUACAUGUCUCAAGAUUUCAUCAAGAUGAUGUGGCAAAGAACUCUUUUCCUCUUGCAAGUUCUCAAACGUGGCUACAACUUCAUUUUCACGGACACUGAUGUGAUGUGGCUAAGAAACCCCUUUGCAAGAUUGAGCAAGGAUGAGAAAGAGGACAUCCAAAUCAGCACAGACUCAUACCUUGGUGAUCCUUGGUCAACAAUGCAUCUAAUCAACACUGGAUUUUACUUUGUGAGGUCAAACAACAAGACCAUUUCCUUGUUUGAAACAUGGUAUGGACAAAAAGACAAAUCCAAAGGCAAAAAGGAGCAAGAUGUGCUUCUUGCCCUCAUUAGAAGUGGUAUUAUUGCACACCUGAAACUUAGGGUUAGGUUUUUAGACACCCUUUAUUUUAGUGGAUUUUGCCAAGAUAGUAAAGAUUUUAGGGCAGUCACCACCGUCCAUGCCAAUUGCUGUCGGAGCAUCACCGCUAAGGUGGCGGACUUGAAGGCGGUGCUUCGAGAUUGGAAGCAAUUUAGGGGUUUGGAAGCUAAUUCCACAGUGAAUCCCCAUUGGACUCAACACAAUUGGUGCAGGCAAUCUUGGGGAUCACCGAGGAAGACAAAGGGCUAA